AUGACGGCUCGGCCAUCUGGCGCGGGGCUGCUCUCGCUUCCGCCAGAGAUCAUCGACAGCAUUGCCAGUUAUGCCGCCAUGUCGGAUACCUCGUUCGCCUCUUCUUCCACCUCUGCACCGUGCAGCUUCCUCUACGAUUCGUCGCUUCGAGAGUCCAAGCUUGUCACGCCACCCACCGAUCUUCACGCACUCCAGCUCGUCUGUACACGUCUUCACUCGCUUCUCAGUCUCCAGGCGAACCCACGACUCUACGCGAGAGUGUUUUGCACCAAGUUCGACACAGCUGCGAUAGGGCGUCGCUUUGGCAAGUCUGCACUCACCUCCCACAAUCUGGCCAACGAGCUUCGUAGGCGAUGCAUCUUGCUCAAGCGUAUGCGACGCUGCGUCGCUACCGCCGCUCUCCGCCCGCAUGAAGGCGCCGCACUGCUUCAAGAUGACGAGUCGAUCACCGAGAUGUUGUGGCUGGCAUAUCUCAUGAUGCUCGAGAACGACGGGCUGAAUUACGAACAGCUUUGCUGGGCGCAGCUGCACAGCUUCCUUGCGCUCCAUCAUGCUACCGAGAUGCUCGACAGUGCCGUUUCGGCAGGCUACCCCUCCGAUGCGGUUCACAAGGCGCUUGCGCUGCACUUGGUCUACCUACUGACCGAUCCGGAGCAGCUAGCAUUCGAGCCAAGAGGGGAAGCCGUCGAGCGGUUGUUUGUGCUGCGUCCCUUCGUAUUCGCCGCACACAAAUUCGACGCCUUUCUGGCUCCAUGGACGCUUCGCAAUCUGCCCAUUACGAAACAAACGCACACACCCACUUCAGGCGACGAUGGUCAGCAGUCAAACGAUGACUCACAACCAGCACAAGGUGGCGGACCGACACUAGCGACGAACCCGUUCCUAGCCGACCUCGCACCGCGCGAUCGUUCCUGCCUCGUCGAGCACGUCGGUGGAAAGCUUCGCAUCGCGGCACCCAUCCUCGCCCAAGGUGCAUGCUUUUCUUUCUUCAUGAAAGUCGAAAAGGAUCCGGCUGUGCUCGGCAUGGCCGCGCUUUCCGAUCCCGACGAUCCCACAUCCGAAACCACCAUCCGUCAACCCACCGCCACCCGUCCACCGCUCUCGCUCACUUCCUCAGACCACGACAAGGACGUCACGCGCCUGCUCUCGUGCCUCGAUCCAAGACAGUCCCCCGGUCUACCGCCGUUGUUCUUCAAAGGCAUGUUCGAGGGGAUCUGGGAAGGCAGGUUCAGCUUCUUUGAUUUCGAUUCGUACCGCGAGAUGCUCGCAGGUCGAAUGCGAAGUUUGUAUGAAGGUCCCUUUGGAGAGCAACCGCAGAUCUGGAAGAUCAAGGAAAAGAUUGUCAAGCUCGGACCGGGAGAGCUGGAGGGUGGGAAGGGAAGCAUCCUGGCUGCGGGAUAUACGACCAAUGAGCCGCAUUCAGAUUCUCCAGCAGCAGCUGCUGCAGCCGCUGCGGCCGCUGCAUCAUCGGCGGCAGACGCAAAGGGAAAGUCGAAAGCGUUACCACAAGAUUGGGAUCGAUACCCCACUUUCCCGGACGAGGACGGCAGGGAGAGGUACGAGAUCCUCCUCUCCGGUACGGGUCAUUCUGCAUGGGGGCGGUUCGUGGUCCGUGGCAGGGUGAGGAGUUGGGAUGGUAUGCUGAUCAUGACCAAAGAGUACCGACCCGAUGGUAGGGGCAAGUGGCUGUACAGAGGCUACAGCGUGGCAGGCGGCAAACUGGUGGGUAGGUGGAGGGACACGUUUACGCCUGACAACAUGUACGGCUACGAAGGGUGUUUUCUGUUUCAACGGCGAGGUGGAGCGUGA